AACCAGAUGUUUCAAGAGUCUAGUGGGAGAACUACACAGUGCAAUGACGAAUGUCGUAACAUUGCUGGUUGCGAACCCUGUGCUUGUUGCAGUCAUUCUGGCUACAGGUAUUGGGGGGACGUUUCAAUACGGCUUCCACAUUUCUGUCCUGACCAGUCCAUCAGCUUACAUUAAAGAGCUGGUGAACAGCACAUGCGUGCAGAGAUAUGGCGUCUCUCCGGAGGAGUGGCAGCUCUCGCUUAUCUGGUCCUUUAUCGUCUCUCUGUACUGCAUCGGGGGGCUGUUAGGCUCUUUGUGUGCCAGCUGCUUUGCCAUAACCUACGGCAGGAAGAGAUGCCUCAUGCUGAACAACAUGGUGGCCAUCUGCGGAGCAGUGUUCAUGGUGCUGAGCAAAACGGCACACUCGUUCGAGAUGAUCAUGGCUGGACGCCUCAUCUACGGCAUCAACUCAGGUGUAGCUCUGACAGUUCACAUCAUGUAUGUAAUGGACUGCGCACCCAAAUGUUUGCGAGGGCUGGUCGGUGCUUCUGUGGGCAGCUUCGUCUCGCUAGGGAAGUUUUUCGGCCAGCUGCUCGGCAUCAGUGAAAUAUUGGGAACAGAAGCUUUGUGGCCCUUUUUGUUGGCCUUUAGUGCCUUGACGGGACUUACACAACUUGUCUCUCUGUACUUCCUGCCCGAGUCUCCACGCUUCCUGCUCUUAGACAGGGGAGACAAAUCUGCCUGCGAGAAAGCUCUAAAGCAGCUGCGAGGUUCUCAUGCUGACUACAGAUCAGAGAUGGAGGAGAUGCUGAAGGAGCACGUGGCCAUGCAGGGAGUGAGGAACCACAGCGUGUUGGAGCUCCUGCUAACCCGCUCCGUCCGGUGGCAGCUACUCACCACCAUCAUCGCCUUCAUCACACUGCAGCUGUGUGGCAUCAACGCCGUUUAUCUCUAUGCAAAUGAUGUGUUCAGUGCAGCAGGAAUCCCAGCGCACAACCUACGCUAUGUGACUUUUGGGACGGGAUUGUGCGAAUUCUGCACUACAGUCGCUUUCGGGUUUGUGGUUGAGCGCACAGGGAAGAAGGUACUAGUGAUUCGGAGUUAUGCGGGCAUGUCUGUUGCACUGCUCCUCCUCACACUCACACUGUACCUGCAGGUAUACGUGUCCUGGAUGCCGUACUGCAGCAUGGUGCUGAUCUUCGCCUACAUCAUCUCCUUCUGUAGCGGACCAGCCUGUGUGACUCCAUCCAUACCUGGUGAGCUUUUCACCCAGUCCUUUCAAUCAGCAGCUUAUACCGUGGGCUGCACUCUGAACUGGAUGGGACUGUUCUUCGUGGGGAUGGUGUUUCCUCUCAUAGUGGAGCAUUUAGACUAUUUCUGCUUCCUCAUCUUCUUCGCGUUCUGCUUUGGCACGGGUUUGUUCGUGUGGUAUAACGUACCUGAAACGAGGAACAAAUCCUUAAUGGAAAUCACUGCCGAGUUCGAGAGAAUGCACGGCAAAGCAAGACACUCGGAGACCAAACUAAAAGCUUUGCAAGCUGGACAGUGCACGAGGCUCUAGAUUCUUGAACUGAUUUCACAAACUGUAAAUGUGCAUGUAUGUAGGCAGUUUAGAAAGGCAAUAAAUAAAACAUUAUACAUUUGCAGGCAUUUUGAAAGGUUUUCGUUUAAUCUAUUAAUUUCACUCUAGGAAAGUAAACAGGUUUUCGUUUAAUCUAUUCAUUUUAUUCUGGCUCCAGGAAAGCUAAACUACUUUCAUGUUCUAGACAUACAGUAUGGUUUCUAGAAUGUAAUUGCUGCUAAAAGCUUAAGGAAUUACUGUAUUUCUUAUUUUACUUUGCAUCAAAUUUGAAGAUUUUUUUUACCUCUUUCCAUGACAUUUUACUUAUUAAAUGCUUAAUUAAAUGGAAUUCACUUCAGUUGUAUUUAUAUUGUGCUUUUA